UUACCCAAAGAAAAGAAGAGAAAGUUUACUGUGGAAACGGAAAAGAGUCACCGUCGUUGCUCUUUUCUUGAGUUUCCAGUAAACAAGUUCGUAAAUAAAAUAAAAUAGAUUAAGAUUAUUUUAAUCGCCUUGGUUACUAAUUCUUUUGGUAUCGCCUUCCCUUUCCCAUUUGUUACGAAAUCCUUUCACCGAAGUUGGUAGAAUUUCAGAAACCAUUCGAAUUCGCUGAGCUUUAUCGGCGAUUUGAAGACCCUUCGUUUCAAUUUUAUCUCGCUUUUUCAAUUCCAGAAUGGCAGAGAGUUCAGAUGACGAAUCAUUGUUGGCUCGCAUAGAACAACUGGAACGGGAGCGUGAUGAAUUACACAAGGAUAUCGAACAGUUAUGCAUGCAGCAAGCUGGGCCUGGAUAUCUUGCUGUAGCUACCCGAAUGCAUUUUCAACGGACAGCUGGAUUGGAGCAGGAGAUUGAGAGUUUGAAAAAGAAGUUGGCCGCUUGCUCAAGAGACAAUCUAAAUCUGCAAGAGGAGCUUUCUGAGGCAUACAGAAUUAAAGGUCAACUUGCAGAUCUGCACAACGCUGAGGUUUCGAAGAACAUGGAAGCUGAGAAGCAGGUAAAAUUUUUCCAAGGUUGUAUGGCUACUGCUUUCGCUGAAAGGGAUCAAGCAAUAAUUGAGGCUGAAAAGGCCAAAGAAAAGGAGGAGACAGUGUUGCAACAAAUACAUGGCAUCCACCAGAGGGUAGAGGAGCUCACCGCAGAUUGUCUUAAACUAAAGGAAUUUAAUGAUGCUCUGCAGAUUGAUCAAGCAGUACAUAUGAAGCAAAAUGAAAACUUCAAGAAAGUAAUUAAUAAGUUCUUUCAGAUCAGGCAACAUUCUGUGAAGGAAUUUGAAGAUACAAGUUGGGAUGAGAAAUGUGCAUGUCUUUUGGGUGACCCUGAGGAGGCUUGGAGUUUCAAUGAUGCUUCCACCUCUAAAUACGUUAGUGCAUUAGAAGAACAGCUGGAGAGACUUAGGAAUUCCAUGGAAUAUCUUCAAAAUAAACUGAGGGUGGGCUUGGAAAUUGAAAAUCACUUGAAGAAGAGAGUCAACGUACUGGAAAAGAACCAAAUUUCUAUGGACAAAGUGGUUCAGAACGGCAUAGCAGACUUGAAACAUUGUCAUUCUAAGUGUAGGGAUGAAAUUAAGAACUUACUUGGUGAUGGAGAAUCCAUUAUUAAAUCCAUAACCAAUGUGAUUGAUGAAAAAAUCCAGAGUUUUGAUCUGAGUACCGUACCAAAUUUGACCCUUCAAAGAGAUGCAGAACUAGAAGAAUCUGAAGGUGUUGAUAUACAUAUAAGUCCUCAAGCUAAACCUAUCUCUGAGUACAAGAGGAACAGUCCUUGGGCACUGUCAGUGGGUGCUAGUUUAGAAGGUGAUGCAUCAAAUGUUUUAGCAAUGGCAUUGCAACAGAAGGUUGAUGCAUUAUUGCUUUUAUCACAGCAGGAAGAGAGACAUCUACUGGAGAGCAAUGUGAAUUCAGCCCUACAAGGAAAAAUUGAAGAACUUCAGAGGAACUUGUUGCAGGUUACUAAUGAAAAGGUGAAAGCUCUCAUGGAAUUGGCUCAAUUGAAGCAGGAGUAUCAAUUACUUUUGGAAAAAUUGGGUAAUGAACCUAAUCAAGAGAAAGGUGUAGUCAACACUGGAGACAGAAAGCUUGUUACUCGUGAAAGAGAUGGAACUUUAAAGAACUUACUGAAGAAAUCCUAUUUGAGACGAUGGAUUGCCCCCCUGGAUGUUAGUGGAAAUGAAGUUGACUGUAGUUCAAAUAAUGAAGGGAAAACUUUCAAUCAUCAAUCUAGCGGCAGUAUAGAUUUCGCAAGAAUGAAGAUUGAAAAUGCAACUCUUAAGGAAAGCAUGGAAAGCAUGGAACAUUUAACUUCAUCAAUUCAUAGGCUUCGUCUCUCUCUUUCAAAGGCCAAGGAUUGUGUGACUUCGGAAGGUACAAUUUCUGGUGUUUCAGAAAUCCUUAGUGACGUAAUUCAUGAAGCAGAACUUUUGAGGACUGCUCUUGGCAGCUCCUUGCCAACCAGCUGGCCUGUUGAGGCAGAUAUUAGUUACAUUGGAUACAGCGUGGGCACUGACAGGGGAGAUCACGAAGGCAGUGAUGAAAAGAUGGAUACUGUUUCUGCUGCAGGGCUUGAAAUGGUUGAGCUUUUGAUUUUUUCGGCUCAGAUUUUGAGGGACUUGCAAACCAAGAUAGUAUUGGUUCCUGGUAUAAAAGUUCUAUGAACAGCUCUGUCUGUGAUAAUAUAAGUCAUCUUAGGUGCUUUGUAUAUUCGGCUGGUAGUUGAAACCUGUCCUGCUUUGAUCCUGCAGGGUCAUGAAUCCUGUUGUGUUUAUAACUCAUGCACCUGCACUUUUCCUUGCCCCUAAGCCUAAGAUUAGUCGCAUGCCAAUUGUUUUGCGACUAUUUCACUACUCAUGGUUUCUAUGACUGCAUUCAUUCCAUUAUAUUGUGCUUUUGAAGAUUGUUGUACUU